GCGGCCCGCUGUGGGCGCUGUCCGUCGCCUCGUGGUGCUGAACCCAGCCCCACGGCCGAGCGGCCUGCUCACCCGCCUUCUCGCCUACGGUUCGCUCCGAUUGGGGCGGGGCAGGGGCAAAAGGGAGCCCUUGAGCAGCUGCCCACUGGAGACGAGGGGCUGAAACAGAACAGCUGGAAACGGCAGCCCGGCCGCUGGUCCUGAUGUGCAGAGGAGACGCGCGCUGCGGCCGGCGGCGGCGCUAGUGCUGAUUCAUCACCUAGAGCGCCUCACAGGCCAUCGCGAGGGCAGCCGACUGGCUCUGGACUCUGGCCGCAGGUUGAAGCAGCCGGCGCAGGAGCCUCGCAGGCAGGAGGUGAGGACCCCCUCCCUUCUCUUGCCCCCAGCGGUCCUAGGGCGGUGGCCCCAGGACAGAGAGGGGCGUGCCCCGGGUCUGUGAAGUGGUCGUGCCUGUGUAAUGCCCUCGCUUGCAGUCUCUCCGGUGCUAACCACGCUUGGUCCCCUCCGCCUGUCUCUGGAGCUCGGGUCGUUCCACAUCCCACCCUGAGCAGCUCGGUCUGCCAGCGCCGCGAUGGAGGAGGAGCUGAAGUGCCCCGUUUGCGGCUCCCUGUUUCGGGAGCCCAUCAUCUUGCCCUGUUCUCACAAUGUCUGCCUUCCGUGCGCUCGUACCAUCGCGGUGCAGACACCGGACGGUGAGCAGCACCUGCCCCAGCCACUCCUGCACUCCCGGGGCUCGGGGCUCCCGGCCGGCGCCGCUGCGGCGCCCCCUCUGGACCACGACGCUGCGGCUGGCCCAGCCUGCGGCGGCGCGAGCGGGAGCGCAGCUGGCGGCCUGGGCGGCGGUACGGGAGGUGGCGGGGACCACGCGGACAAGCUGAGCUUGUACAGUGAGACAGACAGUGGUUAUGGUUCCUACACCCCGAGCCUCAAGUCCCCCAACGGGGUUCGCGUGCUGCCCAUGGUGCCUGCACCGCCUGGCUCCUCGGCCGCCGCGGCCCGGGGUGCCGCCUGCUCCUCGCUGUCUUCGUCCUCCUCAAGCUCCAUCACGUGUCCGCAGUGCCACCGCAGCGCGUCCCUGGACCACCGAGGCCUGCGCGGCUUCCAGCGCAAUCGGCUGCUCGAGGCCAUCGUGCAACGGUACCAGCAGGGCCGCGGGGCGGUGCACGGGGCGUCCGCAGCCGCUGCAGUGGCCAUCUGCCAGUUGUGCGACCGCACCCCGCCGGAACCGGCCGCCACGCUAUGCGAGCAGUGCGACGUGCUCUACUGCGCUGCCUGCCAGCUCAAAUGCCAUCCAUCCCGCGGACCCUUCGCUAAGCAUCGCCUCGUGCAGCCGCCGCCGCCACCCGCGCCUGCCGAGGCCGCCUCAGCAUCCCCAGGCGCGGCCCAGGGCGCCCCCAGCGGAGGCGGCGGCUGCAAGAGCCCGGGGGGCGCCGGGGCGGCGGGGGGCAGCGCGGCCCGCAAGUUCCCUACGUGCCCCGAACACGAAAUGGAGAACUACAGCAUGUACUGCGUGAGCUGCCGAACCCCGGUGUGCUAUCUGUGCCUGGAGGAGGGCCGUCACGGCAAGCACGAGGUGAAGCCGCUGGGAGCCAUGUGGAAACAGCACAAGGCCCAACUGUCCCAGGCCUUAAACGGGGUUUCGGAUAAGGCGAAGGAAGCAAAGGAGUUUCUGGUCCAGCUGAAGAACAUCCUGCAGCAGAUCCAGGAAAACGGGCUGGACUACGAAGCCUGCCUGGUUGCUCAGUGUGACGCUCUGGUCGACGCUUUAACUCGGCAGAAAGCCAAGCUGCUCACCAAGGUCACCAAAGAGAGGGAGCACAAGCUGAAGAUGGUUUGGGACCAGAUCAAUCACUGCACACUGAAGCUGCGCCAGUCGACGGGGCUGAUGGAGUACUGCCUGGAGGUGAUCAAGGAGAACGACCCCUCCGGCUUCCUGCAGAUCUCAGAUGCUCUGAUCAAGCGUGUCCAGGUGUCUCAGGAGCAGUGGGUCAAAGGCGCCCUGGAGCCAAAAGUGUCUGCGGAGUUCGACUUGACCUUGGACAGCGAGCCGCUGCUGCAGGCCAUCCACCAGCUGGACUUCAUCCAGAUGAAAUGUAGGGUGCCGCCCAGCCCCCUGCUGCAGCUGGAGAAGUGCUGUACCCACAACAACAGCGUCACACUGGCCUGGAGGAUGCCACCCUUUACCCACAGCCCCGUGGACGGCUACAUCCUGGAGCUGGACGAUGGCGACGGAGGCCAGUUCCGGGAAGUGUAUGUUGGCAAAGAGACCCUGUGCACCAUCGACGGUCUGCAUUUCAACAGCACCUACAAUGCCAGGGUCAAGGCAUUCAACUCCUCUGGCGUCGGGCCUUACAGUAAAACUGUCGUCCUGCAGACGUCUGAUGUGGCCUGGUUCACCUUUGACCCCAACUCUGGGCACCGGGACAUCAUUUUAUCCAAUGACAACCAGACGGCCACGUGUAGCAGCUACGAUGACCGGGUGGUGCUGGGCACGGCGGCUUUCUCCAAGGGCGUGCACUACUGGGAGCUGCACGUGGACCGGUACGACAACCACCCGGACCCCGCGUUCGGGGUGGCCCGGGCCAGCGUGGUCAAGGACAUGAUGCUGGGCAAGGACGACAAGGCCUGGGCCAUGUACGUGGACAACAACCGCAGCUGGUUCAUGCACUGCAACUCCCACACCAACAGAACGGAAGGUGGCGUGUGCAAGGGGGCCACUGUCGGCGUGCUCCUGGACCUGAAUAAGCACACUCUGACCUUCUUCAUCAACGGGCAGCAGCAGGGCCCCACCGCCUUCAGCCACGUGGAAGGGGUCUUCAUGCCGGCCCUCAGCCUCAACCGCAACGUGCAGGUCACUCUGCACACGGGAUUGGAAGUGCCAACAAACCUGGGGCGGCCCAAGCUGUCUGGCAACUAGCCUCCCAGCUCCAACUGCUCACCGGCAUCUGGAAAGAGCCCCGCCAGCCCCUCACUACGUUCAAAGAACCCACAAGGGUAGGACGAUCGUGUCACAGAUGCAGCCCCAGCAGCCACUGAGUAUCUUAGAGAAAAGUUUUCUUUGGGAGAUGCGGAAGAGGUCUGCGAGCCAUGCUUGUUGGGGCGACUGGUUAAACUGGCCACUUGCGAAAGUGACCACUGGUUGGUGGUGAACGUGGGUGUGUGUGUCCCUUUCAUUCCUCCUGGACGUUGCAAAUACUCCCAAAGAAGGACCUUUCUCAUGUUGCCUGCCAUCUGUUUUCAAAGCUCAUCUUUUGGGGGAGGGAGGCACGA